GACUCCCCGGCUGAGGGUAUUCCGUCCUAGACAGUCUUUCCCGCCGGGGAGUUUCCCCUGUCCGCAACCUGGGGACGCGCCACGUAGGGGUUCACCUCUCAUCCUAUUUGGACAGCCAAACAGGCCAUCUGGCGGUUGUUCUAUGAUUCAUGAAAGAGGUCUCUACACUGCUCUACACGUGUUCUGUAUACAAUUUCCCGCCAAAGGUAGAUACUGUAGCGGUAAUGGUUUUCGAUCAUUUGUACGGAUCUAUUUAUUAAUAUCUGCAAUGGAAGAUAAUAAGAAAACACACGGUUGGGACUAUGAAAAAAAUAAAUUACUAAUCAAAUUAGUGAAGCGUAAACCUGAGCUCUACGACAUCAACAUUCCAGAAUAUGGGGACACCACUCUUAGAAACGACGGGUGGCAUACUAUUGGCAUUGAAUUGAAUGAGAAUAGUGCAAACUGUAGUAAACGCUGGAGAAGCUUAAAGCAAAACUAUCGCAGAUAUGUCAACGGACAACAACCUGUAAGCACGAAAGGUGGAAGACGUAUCUGCGUUUAUGAAAAAUAUAUGUCUUUUAUGAAUAAAUUUAUUGUAAAUGGAAAAUAUGGAGCUGCAAAAAAGAAAAAAUCAAGAGGAAACAAAUCGAAAAGAAAUGAAAUCAUAAACACAGAUAUGGACAUUAAAUACUUUGAGGAUACCACUGGUAAUAAUAAUACGAAAGUAUUAAAAAAAAAAGAAAAUAUAAAGGUGGAUGAAAACAAAUGGUUUAAGGACUCAAGUGACAAUAACGAUUUAAGAGAAAGAAAAAAAAUAAAAGAAUUUAUGGAAGUGGAUGAAGAUGUAAAAUUUGUCAAGGAUAUCGGUAGUGAUCAUAAUAUAAUAGUACAAAAAAUACAAGAAAUAAUAGAGACAGAUGGAGAUGUAAAAUCUGUUAAGGAUAUCCACAAUGAUAAUAGUGUAAGAGAAUCAAAAAGAGAAAAAAAUACAGAGGUAGUAGAAAAUGCUAAAUGUUUUAAGGAUAUUGGUAGUAAUAAUAGUACAAGAGUAUCAAAAAGAAACGAAAGUAUAAAUUUAAAUGAAAGUGCAUGGUUUCAGAUUUCCAAUUCUGAUAAUGAUUUAAGAGAAUCGAGAAGAAAAGAAAUUAUAAAAGUGGACGAAGAUGUAAAAUAUUUCAUAGAUAUUGGUAGUGGUCAUAAUAUAAUUGUACCAAAAAUAGAAAAAAUAGAGUUGGAUGAAGAUGUUAAACCUAGUAAGGAUAUCCACAAUGAUAACAGUGUAAAAGAAUCGAAAAGAGAAAAAAGUACAGAGGUAGUUGGAAAUGCUGAAUGUUUUAAGAAUAUUGGUAGCAAUAAUAAUACGAGAAUAUCAAAAAGAAAAGAAAGUAUAAACUCAAAUGAAAAUGCAUGGUUUCAGAUUUCCAAUUCUGAUAAUGAUUUAAGAGAAUCGAGAAGAAAAGAAAUUAUAAAAGUGGAUGAAGAUGUAAAAUAUUUCAUAGAUAUUGGUAGUGGUCAUAAUAUAAUUGUACCGAAAAUAGAAAAAAUAGAGUUGGAUGAAGAUGUUAAACCUAGUAAGGAUAUCCACAAUGAUAACAGUGUAAAAGAAUCGAAAAGAGAAAAAAGUACAGAGGUAGUUGGAAAUGCUGAAUAUUUUAAAGAUAUCAGUAGUAGUGUUAAUCCAAAUAAACCAAAAAGAAGAAAAACUAUGGAAGCGAAUGAAGAUGUUAAAUCUAUCAAUAUGGAAAAUGUUAAUAAUCUGCAAGAACUAAAAACAGAAGAAAUUAUGGAAAUAAAUGAUGACGUAAAGGAUUUCAGUAGCUUUAAUAACUUUAUAGAACUAGGAAGAAGAAGAUUUAUAGAGGCAAAUGAAAACAAUAAAUAUUUUAGAAAUAUUUGUAGUGAUAAUGAUGAAAGAAAACUAGAAAAAAAGGAAAUUAUGGAGUCAGAUGAAGAUAUUAAAUGUAUUAAAGAUAUCAGUAGUAGUAAAAAUGUAAUUGAGUCAGAAAAGAAAGCAAUGAUAGAAGAUUACAGUCCUUUAACUCAGCUAGUAAUGUGUAAGCGUAAAAGGAUAAUGCCUACAGAAAAUGCACCUACAAAAAGCACACCACAGAAUAUAACAAAAUUUUUAACGCAGAAUAAGAAUGAAGAAAAUGCCAUUCAUCCCAUCGAUACCUUUUUCUCACUAAUGGCACAAAGUGUUAAAACUUUUAACUCUGCAGACCAACAUUUUGUAAAGACUAAUAUCUUUUCAUUAAUAACCAAAUUAGAAGAGAGGUAUAUAUUGCAAAAUCAGCAGCUCCCUACUUACCAACAUUCUUCUUAGAAUGCACUUUAAGAUUGGCACUAAACCUACCACGACUGGUUAAAUGACUGUUUACAAACAUUUAUACACAGUUUUCAUAUACAAUAUAUGAAUUAUAUUCAAUUAUUUCAUGCGUUAUUCAAUUUAAUUCCACAUAAAAUAUUUUUGGAUUUAAUUGAAAAAAGUGUUUUACCCAUCAUGAUAGAGAAAUAGUUGGUUUGAUUUUAAUAUCUUCAACAAUAUGGUGAUGUUUAUGCAAAAGUUCAAAUUUUGUUAGCUCUUUUUCUCAUAUAAAACUACAUACACUUUAUGAUGAAAUGAAAAGAAGCGGAAAGGUAUUUUUAAAGGAAAUACGUUAAUUUUGAAAAAUGUCUCUCACAAUGCUCAUUUUCCAGAAUAUUUUUGAGCAAUAUACAAUAAAAUUCUAAGAUACUAAGAAAAUUAAAGUUUUCUUGUCUACAUUUCUGUUCUGGGAUAAUAAUAUUCUCUUGUCUUCUUUGUUUGUAUUUAUCGAGAUAUCAAUUUUUUUUACAAAUUAACGUUAGUAGAUUUAGUGUUAAUCGUAUUAUAAGCUUACUUUUUUUAAUAGUACUUGUGUAGUAGUAUUCCUUUAUUUUUUUGUUAUUUUUAUCAUUGUUUAAAGAUUCAUAAAUAAUUAUUGAUAAAUAACUUGUGCAAUACUUUUCUUCACCUUUGCAUGUUCUAAAUUAAUAUUACUACUUAAACAUUCUCAUACGAAUAUUAUACUUACGUCGAAUGUAAUGAAUAUCUUAAUGUAGCUAUUUGGUCCUAUUUAAGAACUGUUGGAUAAAACUGUGGAUUGAUAUGAGCCUGUAAUUUGGUUUUGACAAUUGUGCAGAUUUGUGUCAAAAUCAGAAUUACUAUCAACAUUUUCUUUAAUUGUAUUCAUGUCUACAGUAAUUAAUAGAGGACAAUGAGGUAAUGUGACAAUCCCCAUGCUUGUUUUCAUUAUAAAUUAUUGAAGUAUAAAAUCUAUUCACUUUUGUUUGAUGAAAUUGGAAGAUAUAUCUACUUCUAAUUGUACGGAACUGAACGGAUACGGCAUUGACACGUUACGGAUAUGGGUAACUAAAUAGACUUUAAUGCGUGCAUUUACGCGGACAGACGAUACAAGACUGCCGCCGGAACAAUCGAAAGGACAGAAAACUGUGCCUUCGACGUGUAGAAAUGUAUGUGUCUAUGAGUAUCGAUCGUUUUGGCGAUGUCACACAUUCACUAUUCUUACAAAAAUUGAUAUCUCGAUAAAUACAAACAAAGAAGACAAGAGAAUAUUAUUAUCCCAGAACAGAAAUGUAGACAAGAAAACUUUAAUUUUCUUAGUAUCUUAGAAUUUUAUUGUAUAUUGCUCAAAAAUAUUCUGGAAAAUGAGCAUUGUGAGAGACAUUUUUCAAAAUUAACGUAUUUCCUUUAAAAAUACCUUUCCGCUUCUUUUCAUUUCAUCAUAAAGUGUAUGUAGUUUUAUAUGAGAAAAAGAGCUAACAAAAUUUGAACUUUUGCAUAAACAUCACCAUAUUGUUGAAGAUAUUAAAAUCAAACCAAAUUAAAAGUAAAACAAGAAACAAAAGUAUAUGGGACAUUCCACCCCAAAUCGGACGGUUUGAAAACAUUUUUUUUUUGUAAUUUUCUUAAUUUUUUGGUAUUUUUUAGUUUAAAUUUUGAGUUUAUUUUUAUCACUGGUUCAAAAAAUAUCGAAUUGUUAAAAAAACCGCUCUUUUUUUUACUCAUAACUUUCUUAAUAAUGAUCGAAAUUCAAUUGUUUUCUUGUUCAAAAUUUUCGUAUUUAGAUGGCCUUUAGAGAAAAAAUACAAAAAAAUAUUUAAAGCGUUUCUAAUCGAGAUUUUUUAAUUUUAAGUUUUCAAUCGUGUUUUUAAAACUGUGUGCAUCCUUCGAUUUUCUUUUUUAAACUUCUAUCUAUCCUGCAACUUUAAAGCCCGGUCCGGUAGUGGGCUUUCCAUAAUUACUAUUUUUUUUUCGAUGUUUAUAAUUAAAAAAAUUUUUUUUCGCUAUACAUUAUUAUUAGCACCGAUUUUUGACACUGUAUACUUUUUUUUUUGUUACUUACUAUAAAUUGAUUUCGAUAUUUGUUUGCUCUGAGUAGGGAUUUAAAAGCAGUAAGUAAAAGUUAAUUCUAUUUAUGAGCAAUUAUAACAAACGUUUUUAUUUAUUUUCGUGUUGAGAUGGUCAUCCUGAGAUAGUUUUUCAAUGCUUCGCAAUGAGAAAUUUUAAUUGUCUUAGUUUGAUAUUUUUUCCUACGAUUCCAUUUUUAUACUAAUAUUAAGAGGAUUUAAAUGAAAAUUUCAACAAGUUUUAUUAAAGUUAGACAAAUCGUUCAGCAAACAAUUCAAAUCCUAAUAAAUUUUUUGCAAAAUUUAAUACGAGCAUAAUUCAAAUGGCGAACAUAAGAAAAGCUCUAGGUUGAUCAAAUAGAAGUCGUUGCAAUUUUCUACGAAAAUGGAAUACGGAAAAAAUGCCGAUCGAUGUAUCGAAAGCUUGGAGAUUUCGAGGUUGACCGUGUGGAACCCUCAGCGCGCGGAUGGACGUGCAAACAAUGAGAAACGGGUAAAUGGAAGAAGAAAAGAAAUAGGACGGAAAAUGGCAUGUUGCAUUCGUAUAAAAGCGGAAAAUGAGAUCUGUUAGUGAUUGCGCUUUUUUUCCUUCAGCGAUAUUUUCAAGCAGAGAAGUGGGAAGAGUAAACCGAAGGACAAAAAAAUGGCAGUCGUUUAAAUAUCUCGGGAUGUAUGAGAUAUAUGUACAGUCAGUAUAAGAAGUAUUCGUACAGCAACCCAUUUAAAAUAAAUGGUUCCGGUACGAAUACUUAUUACACUGAUUGCAUGUCUUUUUAAUAUUAGGUUGUCCCAAAAGCUUCUUCUAUUUCAUUAAUAAGUAAUACGUACACACUAUUUUAUGUCUAAUGUUACAUUAUCGAAUUCCGUACGAUUCAUUUUGCUCCGUUACUGUUACAAUAUUAACAUCUAAGAAAUUAGCUUGUCUAUUUAUACAGGCUGUCCCAGAAUUAGUGUAAGAACCGGUAGUGAGAGGUAGCUGAAACGAUUCUGAACCACAAUUUCCUUUGCGGAAAUGUCGGAUGGGGCUUCGUUUUUGAAUUAUUAACGAAAAACCAUCGACCAAUCAUAGCGCGCGAGAGGCGGGCCCGAGGCAGGACGAUUGGGUCAGCCAUUGGGCCAGCCACCGGCCCCUCCUCUCGCGACUGAGCGCGCGCUACUCGGGCGCUGAGAUUGGUCGAUGGUUUUUCGUUAAUAAUUCAAAAACGAAGCACCUUACGACAUUUUUACAACGGAAAUUGUUGUUCAGAAUUUUCUCAGCUACACUCCAUUUCCGGUUCUCACGAAAAUUCUGUGUCACCCUGUAUGACACACAAAAUAACUGAGUGCAAGUCACUGACUUUCAGGACAACCCAAUAAUACCUGUCAUCUAUACGCGGAUCAAGCACUUUUCUAUUGUCUCUCGGAUACGUUGAUUUAUCGAAAGCGAAAUUUACCUCUUCCGUUUCCAUUCCGUUCCCUAUUGUGACAUCAUGUAUCAGGAUUAUAUAGGGCGAGUCUCGUAAUUGAAAUGGAUUGUGUCGCUUUUUUGAUUAAAAAUAGAAAAAAAAUGGUACACGGAAAAGUUGAACGCUAUUGCACGGUAUAAUUUCGCAUGACCAUGAAGCAUUCGCAAAAUACGUACAGUUACGUUUAGAAAAAGGAAACCAAAUGUACAUUUUUUGUUGAAGUUUAUACGAGGUAAAAACUAAAAUAUGUAAAUAGUACUUGUUCAUAUCAAAAGUGGGCUUUUAAAGAAAUUUUGGGAUAUUAUUCAUUAAAAAAAAAAUGUUUCUUCUUAAAGUGGUCCUUUCCCAACUGUACUAGUCAAAACAAAACUCAAAUAUA